AUGGCCGACACACUGCAAUCACUGGCCUACAGGGACUUUGAAAUCCUGCCGGGCCCUGCCUUGAGGCUGCUGGCUCCAGGAUACACAGAAACCCACUACAGCCCAGAUGGGCAGCCAGUAGUGCUGUUCCCCAACCACACGGAUCAUUGCCACUACCAUGGGCGUGUGAGGGGCGUCCUGGACUCCUGGGUAGUCCUCAGCAUCUGCUCUGGGAUGAGGGGCCUGAUCACACUCAGCAGCAAUGCCAGCUAUUAUGUGCAUCCUUGGCCAGCUGGGGACUCCAAAGACUUCUUGACCCACAAGAUCUUCCGGACGGAGCAGCUGCUCAGCUGGAAAGGGGCCUGUGGCUACAGGGACCCUGGGGACAAAAGGGACAUGGCCAGGCUUUCGUGUGCCACCCAGAUCAGGGAGAGGCGGGAGUCCUUGGGGAGCCCGAGGUACCUGGAGCUGUACAUAGUGGCGGAUCACACCCUGUUCUUGACCCAGCACCGGAACUUGAACCACACCAAACAGCGUCUUCUGGAGGUCGCCAGCUAUGUGGAUCAGAUUCUCAGGACUCUGGACAUUCAGGUGGCGCUGACCGGCCUGGAAGUGUGGACCGAGGAGGACCAGAUCCGCGUCACGCCAGACGCGAACGCCACGCUCUGGGCCUUCCUGCAGUGGCGCCAGGGACUGUGGGCACGGCAGCCACACGACUCGGCUCAGCUGCUCACGGGCCGCGCCUUCCAGGGCGCCACCGUGGGCCUGGCGCCGGUCGAGGGCAUGUGCCGCGCGGAGAGCUCUGGAGGCGUGAGCACCGACCACUCGGAGCUCCCCAUUGGUGCUGCUGCCACCAUGGCCCACGAGAUAGGCCACAGCCUCGGCCUCAGCCACGACCCCGACGGCUGCUGCGUGGAGGCAGCGGCGGAGCAGGGCGGCUGCGUGAUGGCCGCAGCUACCCGGCACCCGUUCCCGAGAGUGUUUAGCGCCUGCAGCCGCCGCCAGCUGCGCGCCUUCUUCAGCAAGGGAGGGGGCGCGUGCCUCUCCAACGCGCCGGACUCCGGGCUCCUAGUGCCCCGGACGCACUGCGGGAAUGGCUUCGUGGAAGAGGGCGAGGAGUGCGACUGCGGCGCCGGCCAGGAGUGCCCGGACUCCUGCUGCCAUGCCCACAACUGCUCGCUGCGUGCGGGGGCCCAAUGCACCCACGGGGACUGCUGCGCACACUGCUUGCUGAAGCCGGCGGGUGCGCCUUGCCGCCAGUCUGCGGGCGACUGUGACCUCCCUGAAUUCUGCACGGGCGCCUCCCCCUAUUGCCCCCCCGACAUUUACCGACUGGAUGGCUCGCCCUGCGCCAGAGGCCGCGGCUACUGCCGGGACGGCGCGUGUCCCACGCUGGAGCAUCAGUGCCAGCAGCUCUGGGGGCCUGGCUCCCGCCCAGCCCCGGAGGCUUGUUUCCAGGUUGUGAACUCUGCGGGAGACGCCCAUGGGAACUGCGGCCAGCAAAGCGACAGUAGCUUCGUGCCCUGUGCGCAGAGCGAUGUGCAGUGUGGGAAACUGCAGUGCCAGGGCGGGGAGCAGAGUGCACUGGCGCCACACAUGGUGCCGGUGGACUCCAUCGUACCCCUAGGCAGCCGCCAGGUGACCUGCAAGGGAGCCCUCGUGCUGCCCGGCACCCAGCUGGACCUGCCUGAUUUGGGCCUGGUAGAGUCAGGCACCCAGUGUGGACCUAGAAUGGUGUGCCAGGAAAGGCGCUGCCGGAACACUACCUUCCGAGAGCUGGAGCUCUGCCUGACCGCCUGCCAUGGUCGCGGGGUUUGCAAUAGUAACCGUAAUUGCCACUGUGCUCUGGGCUGGGCUCCGCCUUUCUGUGACAAGCCAGGGUUUGGUGGUAGUGUGGACAGCGGUCCUAUGCAGCCUGAAAACCAGGACACCUUCACGCUGGCGGUGAUCCUCAGUUUUCUGCUGCCUCUGCUCCCUGGGGCCAGCCUGGCCUGGUGCUGCUGCCGGCACCCGGAACUCCGUCUCCAACAAUGCCUUUGGGGCUCAAGGAGGGACCCCAUGUGCAGUGGGCCUUGAGAACUCUGUCAGAGCCCAACAGCCACCUUGAGAAGCCUGUGCCCCACAGCCCUGCUUGCACCCCCA